ACGAGAAAAAAUGAGAAAACUCGAGUUUACAUAUGUACAACCAUGUAUCGAGAAAGUCGAAAAGAAAUGCAACAACUGCUGGAGUCUAUAGGGAAGAUCAGUCAGGCUACGUCAGACAAGUCGCAGAUUCACUUCGAAUCUCACGUCUUCCUGGAUGGGGCCAUCAAAGGGGACGAGAUGACGGACUACGCUCUACAACUAGUCAGUCUACUGAAGGACGCACUAAAUAUCGAUAACCUUCUGACCUGUACGAAGACAGCGACACCUUACGGAUUAAAGCUCGGCUGGAAACUACCGGGGCCGUCAGAAAUGACCUUCACCAUUCAUAUGAAAGAUCCAAAAAAAGUGAAAAAGAAGAAGCGAUGGAGUCAGAUUAUGUACAUGUCAUAUGUACUGGAUUUUCUCAGUAAACAACACGUAGAUAGAGAGGGUAAUCCUACAGUAAGCGAGUCAGACUGCUACAUUCUAACAACGGAUGCUGACGUCAAGUUUACACCGGAAUCCGUCGAGGCUUUGCUUGAUCUGAUGAAACGGGACUCUUCUGUCGGAGCUGUAUGCGCGCGCACCUAUCCACUAGGAGAAGGGCCGCUUGUGUGGUAUCAAAAAUUCGAAUAUGCCAUUGGACAUUGGUUUCAAAAGGCCGCUGAACACGUUUUAGGGUCCGUUCUUUGUGCCCCUGGCUGUUUCAGCGUCUAUCGAUGUUCCGCCAUUAAGGACAUAGUUCCCACUUACGCGUCUAGUGUAGAGAGAGCAUUUGAUUUCCUCAUCAAAGAUAUGGGAGAGGAUCGAUGGUUGUGUACACUUAUGGUGCAGAGUGGUUGGCGGAUCGAGUACUGCGCAGCUUCAGAGAAUGAAACCUACUGCCCUGAGGAGUUUGAGGAGUUUUAUAAACAGAGGAGAAGGUGGAUCGCCUCUACCCUAGCUAACAUUAUCUCUCUAAUCAAAGAAUGGAACCUGAUUCGUUUACUGAACCACCGCGUGUCCUAUCUCUUCUGUAUCUAUCAGAUAUUCCUCCUUACUUCGACAUUCAUAGGACCCAGUACUGUCAUCAUUAUAGUAGCCGGUGGCUUGAAUUACGCAUGGAAUUUUGACGUGGUUUGGGCGGUGGUACUACAAAUUGCAGUCUGUGUGAUUUAUGCCCUAAUUUGUCUGUUCAAGAAUGAAAGAUGGCAAAUGCAGUCUGGUAAGAUCAUUACUUUCCUGUACGCGGUUGUUAUGACAGCGGUCGUGGUCGGGAUAGCAGAGCAGGUGGCUGAGGACAUGAUUGGCUUUAAUGACAAGGUCAAGGUCGAAACUAAGGACAACAAAACCGUUACUGUAGAACCCACUGUUGUGCCAGGAGCCAUCAGUGAUGAUUUUCCUGUGUCGUUUGUGACGUUGUAUCUGGGUCUUUUAAUCGCUAUAUUCCUCGUCACCGGAGCAUUUCACCCGUCAGAAUUUACAUGUCUCUUGAAUGGAAUCACGUAUCUGCUCUGUUUACCAUCCGGGUACCUGGUGCUGAACAUCUACAGCGUGGUGAACAUCACAGACAGAUCGUGGGGAACAAGAGAGGAAAAAGAACACAACACUGUGAAAAAGGACAAGCCGUGGUAUGACGACAUGGAGACAGUCAUGAGGAAAAUAUUCUUCUGUUUUGACAAGAAAGAAACCUCGACUAAAGAAACAAUAACCGAAAAAAGCACAUACUUACCCCGAGUACCUCGAAGGAAUUCUCAAAAUGAGGACUCAUCUCCACAAAAUUUUUCUAAGACUGUUGGUCCAGGAUUUAGAUUUGAUGGCAAUGUCCCAGUCCAAUCUCUACGGAGAGAUCAGGGAAGAAGUCAAGACAAGGAUGAGAGACUUCAUCAGCUUGAAGAGAAGGAGGAUAUAGAAUAUGAAGUAGAAGAGAUAGAAAGUGAAGAAGAGUUUGAUGAAGAUAAUCCUCUUCCUGUUGAAACAUGGCUCCCAAAAGGCAUGAAGGAGUACAAAUCUCUCUUUAUGGAUAAGGGAUAUGAGAAUACAAACUUUCUAGGGAUGUUAACCGAGAAGGACCUUAAGCGAAUAGGGAUUGAGAAAGUGGCUCAUCGCCAGAAACUGUACCGGAAAAUCCAGGAUAUUCCAGAAUUUAAAAUUCCUAUCGAUGUUCCGAAAGACGUGUCAUCAUGGCUUCACAUGAUUGGUUUGGAGGAAUACAAACACAAUUUCAAUAGAAACCAAAUUAAAACAGUCAAAGAUAUGGUAGCCCUGAAAUCGUUUACAGAAAAAGAAAUUAAGGAGGACCUUAAAAUAACAAAACCCGGUCAUAUAAAACGUUUACUUGACGCCAUAGACUGCCUUCGCAAUCCAACACCGGAGGAGCGGAUCAUUACAGAAAUUAAGGAGCAGAUCGGUCGGGCCUACCAACACGACCUAAGGAGCGUGAACCAGGAGGAGUACAAGUUCUGGGCGGAUCUAAUUGAGGCGUGUUUAGCGCCCUCUGCUGACGUGUUUGGUUUUGAGCAAAUUCUCAAAACAAAACUAGAGACUCUACGUAACGAGUGGCUGAUGGUAUCCGGGAUCGUCAACUGUUUGUGGAUUGUGAUAAUAAUGACGUUAUCAAGUAGUAUAGACCUACAGGUGGCCGGGACAAAUCCACUGAGUUUAGUGUUCCUGAUUGUAUUUGGAUUUCUGUUUGUUCUUCAAUUUCUCUGCAUGUUGGUGCACAGAUUCACAACACUCUCUCACUUUAUUGCGCGUGCGCCAUACAAGUUUGGGCAGAAUUAUCGAACAUCUGUUGCUUUUCUGUCACGUGACCUGGACCCGGAUGAGGAACAUCUGGCAAGGGAAGCAAGAAGUUUAGAGCCAAAGUUUUUGGAAAGAAUAAAGAAAACGAAAAUUGGAAAGCGGAAGCGGAGCAUCGAUCGCCAUGGCAACCACGACAAUACUUCCGAAAAUACAUUACUGUUACCUAAUCAUUUGAAUGAAGUGCACCAAGGUCACCAAAAUACCAGUCCGUAUGAAACUGUGUAAAAUCGACAGUUGUGUAGGAGAAUUGUUUCUUAUCAAUAACCAGUUGCGAUGCUAUGUGAAUAAAUUUACUGAUAUUGCCGACAAUACAAUUUAAACAAGGAGUAACAAUAGAUACCUAUAAAAAUUCAUUGAUGAUCCUCAUACAUAUGAAUAUUAGGUGUUUCCCAUAGAGAUGUAUAUCUAAUUAGCAUGAUUGUGGAGAGGGCUCAAUAUGUUCAAACCAAACCAAACAUCUAAUUAGCACCGUUGUAAGAAAAUGUGACUCUACUGGUAUCUGGUUUCUCUUUAUACUGAAACAAUAUUUUUGGAAAUUUAUUUUAGGAAGUGAGUAAUAUGUAUUUUAUGCAGUAAGACGAGGAGAUAUAUAUAGGUAUGACUUUUCCAAAAAAGAAAGCUUUUUGCAGAAACUCUGUGUCAUAACAUGGGAAAGUGUAGUUUGAAAAAAGCAAAGUAUUAAAGCC